AUGGGGGGCCUUUGCCCUUGGGAUCCGGGGAAGCCACCUUCCUGGCCUGGCCGGGUGCACCUGAGAGGUUGUAUGGUUCUCAAUUUAUUGGAGAGGCUCAACAAAGGUUUGGCGCCCAAUACUAUCCGCAGACAGGUGGCGGCUCUAUCCACGGUGCUUACAUAUGACAAUUCAGAGCCAUUGGCUCAGCACCCCAUGGUGCGCUCCUUUGUCAAGGGAGCGACUAACACCAAACCGCCUGUGGUUCAUCAAUAUCCCUCUUGGGAAUUGCCGCGGGUCUUACAGGCCCUUACCUCACCGCCAUUUGAACCCAUCAGGACCUGUACACUGCGGUCCUUAACUAUGAAGAAUGCCAUGAACUUGCCUCCUGACAAAGCAAGGCUACUCCGACAAUAUGACAAUGAGAAGAAGUGGGAGCUGAUCUGUGAUCAGGAAAGAUUUCAAGUCAAGAAUCCACCUCAUACAUAUAUACAGAAAUUAAAAGGCUAUCUUGAUCCAGCUGUAACUAGGAAGAAAUUUAGGAGAAGAGUUCAAGAAUCUACACAAGUUUUACGGGAACUAGAAAUUUCUUUAAGGACUAAUCACAUUGGGUGGGUCAGGGAAUUUUUGAAUGAAGACAACAAAGGCCUAGAUGUUUUGGUGGAGUAUUUGUCUUUUGCACAGUAUGCAGUCACAUUUGACUUCGAAAGCUUGGAAAAUAAUAUGGAAAAUUCAGUGGACAAAUCCAAGCCAUGGAGUCGAUCUAUUGAAGAUCUCCACCGAGGAAGUAACUUACCUUCUCCAAUUGGCAAUAGCAUUUCCUGUUCCAGCAGGCAUUCUACUCUAAGGUAUAACACCUUACCCAGCAGAAGAACUCUUAAAAAUUCAAGAUUAGUGAGUAAAAAGGACGAUGUUCAUGUCUGCAUCAUGUGUUUGCGUGCCAUCAUGAAUUAUCAGUAUGGCUUCAAUAUGGUCAUGUCGCACCCUCAUGCCGUUAAUGAAAUUGCACUAAGUCUGAACAACAAGAAUCCCAGAACAAAGGCGUUGGUCUUAGAACUGCUGGCAGCUGUUUGCCUAGUACGAGGAGGGCACGAAAUCAUUUUGUCUGCCUUUGACAAUUUUAAAGAGGUUUGUGGGGAAAAGCAGCGGUUUGAGAAGUUGAUGGAACAUUUUCGAAAUGAAGAUAAUAAUAUAGAUUUCAUGGUGGCGUGCAUGCAGUUCAUCAACAUAGUAGUACACUCAGUAGAAGAUAUGAAUUUCAGAGUUCAUCUCCAGUAUGAAUUUACAAAGCUAGGCCUUGAUGAAUAUCUGGAUAAGCUGAAACACACAGAAAGUGAUAAGCUGCAAGUGCAAAUACAGGCUUACCUGGAUAAUGUCUUUGAUGUGGGAGCUUUGCUUGAAGAUGCUGAGACCAAGAAUGCUGCCUUAGAAAGAGUUGAAGAAUUGGAAGAAAAUAUAUCUCAUUUAUCAGAAAAACUUCAAGACACGGAAAAUGAAGCUAUGGCAAAAAUUGUGGAACUGGAAAAGCAACUUAUGCAGAGAAAUAAAGAACUGGAUGUUGUUCGAGAAAUAUACAAAGACGCAAAUACACAAGUUCACACUCUAAGAAAAAUGGUCAAAGAAAAGGAAGAAGCCAUUCAGCGGCAGUCAACACUGGAGAAGAAGAUUCAUGAACUGGAAAAGCAAGGGUCCAUUAAAAUUCAGAAGAAAGGAGAUGGUGAUAUCAACAUCCUUCCUGUCGGGGUGUCGCCAGCAGGAUCAGAAGGUUCCAUUGGCAUUGGUGGGGGUCCUCCAGCCAAUACGGGGUCUUCCGGGCCACUUCCACCUCUGGCAUUGAUAGCAGCAGAAUCAGAAACGGUGCAAAAUGGUCCCAUGGCAGCACCAAUGCCUCCUCCGCCGCCGCCCCCGCCGCCCCCACCACCUCCUCCUCCUCCCCCACCACCUCCUCUUCCUGGUCCAGCUGCAGAACCAGUCCCAGCUCCUCCUAUCCCACCUCCACCAUUAGCACCCCCACUUCCAGGAAUGGCCUCUCCUACCGUUGUGUUCAACUCAGGAUUAGCAGCUGUGAAAAUCAAGAAGCCAAUUAAGACCAAGUUCCGCAUGCCGGUAUUUAACUGGGUAGCUCUGAAACCCAACCAGAUUAAUGGGACUGUCUUCAAUGAAAUUGACGAUGAAAGGAUCUUGGAGGAUUUAAACGUGGAUGAAUUUGAAGAAAUAUUCAAGACAAAAGCCCAAGGGCCAGCCAUCGACCUUUCUUCAAGCAAGCAAAUAACUCAGAAAGGAUCAAACAAAGUCACGCUUCUGGAGGCAAAUAGAGCUAAAAACCUUGCUAUCACCUUAAGAAAAGCUGGAAAGACUGCCGAUGAAAUAUGUAAAGCUAUUCAAGCAUUUGAUUUGAAGACUCUGCCGGUAGAUUUUGUUGAAUGCCUGAUGAGAUUCCUGCCAACGGAAAAUGAAGUGAAAAUGUUGCGGCUUUAUGAGCGGGAAAGGAAGCCUUUUGAGAAUCUGUCAGAUGAGGAUCGGUUUAUGAUGCAGUUCAGCAAAAUAGAAAGGCUGAUGCAGAAAAUGACCAUCAUGGCAUUCGUUGGCAACUUUACCGAAAGCAUACAGAUGCUCACACCGCAAUUACAUGCAAUCAUUGCAGCCUCUGUCUCCAUAAAGUCGUCUCAGAAACUCAAAAAAAUCUUAGAGAUAAUCUUGGCUCUGGGCAACUAUAUGAACAGCAGUAAACGAGGGGCUGUCUAUGGAUUUAAACUUCAAAGUUUAGAUCUGUUGUUAGAUACAAAAUCAACAGACAGAAAACAAACUCUAUUGCACUAUAUAUCCAAUGUUGUAAGGGACAAAUAUCAGCAGGUUUCCCUUUUUUACAAUGAACUUCACUAUGUAGAGAAAGCGGCUGCAGUAUCCCUUGAAAAUGUCCUACUAGAUGUAAAGGAACUCCAAAGAGGUCUGGACUUAACAAAGCGAGAGUACACUAUGCACGAUCACAAUACCAUGCUGAAGGAAUUCAUCCAGAGCAACGAAGGGAAACUGAAGAAGUUGCAGGAUGAUGCAAAAAUAGCCCAGGAUGCCUUUGAUGAUGCUGUGAAAUAUUUUGGAGAAAAUCCCAAGACAACUCCUCCAUCGGUCUUCUUCCCAGUCUUUGUACGAUUUGUGAAAGCUUACAAGCAGGCAGAAGAGGAGAAUGAACUGAGAAAAAAGCAAGAACAGGCAUUAAUGGAAAAACUGCUGGAGCAGGAAGCAUUGCUGGAACAACAAGACCAAAAGUCUCCAUCUCAUAAAACUAAGCGACAGCAGCAAGAACUAAUUGCAGAGCUAAGACGACGACAAGUCAAGGACAACAGACAUGUUUAUGAAGGAAAAGAUGGCGCUAUUGAAGAUAUCAUCACAGCCUUAAAGAAGAAUAAUAUCACUAAAUUUCCAAAUGUUCACUCGAGGAUCUUAGAAACCAACCUUACCGACGAGCCGAUGCGGUGAGGAGAAGCGUCCGGCGGCGUGUUGACGAUC